CAUAAUUGUUCAGAUUCAUAGUUAAAAAUACUUAUAUUUUAGGAUUGCUUAUAUUUUGGGACGGAGGGAGGGAGUAAUGAUGUAAUUUAGGAAGAACACUCGUACAUAUGGAACGCAUGCAGUUCUUUGUAAAUUUACAAGAAUAGUCUCGUGGAACGCAAGUAAUGGAUCAACCAAAAUACUAAUCCCCCUCGUACCUCAGCACAGUCCUCAUCGCCUGGUGUACAUGCGUGCAUCUUUCAUAUAAUCGCGGAAAAGCCACGACACUUGUUUUUAAGUGCUCAAGUUGUAUAAAAGUUGGAUGUGAGCGAUAUCUUUUGUAAUAUUUAGAAUAUUAUCUAAAAACAAUAUGUUUAAAUGUAUGUUGGGGAAUAAUUUCAUCAGAUUAUAUUUUAACCAUAUUUAAUAAAUAUAUUCGAACAUAAAUUUUUAUCGGUCAAUUUUCUUGUUUCUGACUUUAUUUGCUUGGGUGCGUGCUGAAGAAUGUGGUGUUCUUAUCUCCGAUUCUCUUUCACAAAUUUUAACCAUCAUUUUUUUUUAUUUUACAUAGAUCAAGACGAAUUGUAUGAUUGUUUCCGGUGUGUUUUUUCAAAAAAAAAGAGCAGUUUUUCUUUUCAUUUCGUAAAUUUCAGUCACUUUUUAAAAACAAAAAAGUACUCCAUACAGCUUAAUUUUGGAAAAUUCAAAGUUCAGCAUAAUUACAAAAAAGCUUAGGACAAACGACUCGCCCUUGCGAUUUUGCGAAUGAUAAACGAACGGUUUCAUUUCACAGACGCUUCACUUCGCUCAGCUGUAGUAGACAUCGAGUUUGAGUCGGACUCCGACUCCGAGUCCCAUUCGGUACCCCUCCAUCCAUAAAUCUCGUUUCGUCCUCGCCCGCCGCCUCCGCUUCCCAUUCCCGCCGCCCGCUUCCUCCACCUGAUCCUUCGCCCUCGAUUCGCUGCACUUGAUCCGCCGCUGCGCCGCCUCUCGAUUCGAUCCAUCUCUGUGCCCUAGCUACCCUCGCAGCAGAGUCCACUCCACCCGAGGUGCGACAUGGCCGUCGGGAUGGCGCCUCCUCCUCCCACGGCCGCCGCGCUGCCGUCCCGCCGCCGCCUCAGGGAGCGGAUCCAGUCGGAGCGCCAGGUGGUCGGCGGCCUCCUCAAGAAGGCGGAGGCCUUGGUGGCCCGCGCCAAGGAGGACGUCCAUGGCGGGCGCGCCGCGGCGGCGCACUCCGAGGCCUGCGCUCUCCCUCGCCGCGGCCGUUUCUUGCGUCGUCCGGAGGCCCGACCGGAGGCGGAGGCCACCGCCGCGAUGGACGGGGCUGCCUCUCCCCGCAAGAAGAGGCGGAAGGCGGCGACCUCCGCGAGCUCGAUCGUGGAGGUGGAGGUGAUCGAGCCGACCAUGCCCAAGGCGCAGAGGGACCGCCUCUACGGCCUCCUCUCCUCGCUGUCGGCGGAGAUGCCAUUGCCGCCGCACAUCGUGGCCUUGAUGCAGAGCCAGUGCUGCUGCGUCGUGGACCCUAAUGGCGAAGAGAUGGAUGUGGACCUUGGCUCCGCGAAGGAUGCUGCCUUGUUCCAGUUGCUGAACCUGCUCGAGGAAUUCGCUCAACAGCAGACCACCAAGAUUCAGCCACGGCUGGCGGAGGAGCAAGAACCGCCCAAGAUCGAGGCACCCGACGCCACCAGCCGCUCGUCGUCGAUCUGCCAACUGAUGGAGGACGGCGAGGUCGCCGAUGAGGGCGCGGACAUGGACAUGGACAUCUGCGGCGGCGUCUCUCCCCUGGUAGUGGACAAGGUUCAGUUCUCGCCGCUUCCGAAGCAAGAAGAGGAUGAUGAGUUGAUCAACACCAGCGGCGGCGGCGGCUUCUCUCUCCAAUCGCCGCCUGCCAAGCAACAAGAGGAAGAAUUCGUCCGCGAUGCCUCCCCUGUUGCAGUUGACAAGUUCCCUCAAACUGAAUCUCCUAGCUCGAGCACUGGCUCCUCUUCUGGAUCGUCAUCAUCUUCAUCUUCGAGCGGUGGCUCAUCUGGAUCAUCCUGCAGCGGUUGCUCCUCUUCAGGCAGCGACUCUAACGAUGACGGAGACAGUGCGAGCAGCCGCCCUGAUAACUCUGAACUUCCCACUGAAGCUGCAGCGAAGCCAUUGGAGCAGCAGCAGGUCACAGUCUGCGGCGGCGUCUCUCCCCUGAUCGAUGAGUUCUCGCCGCUUCCGAAGCAACAAGAGGAUGACGAGUUGAUCGACGUCACUGGCGGCGUCUCCCCUGUAUCAGUCAACAAGUUCCCAGAUUCUCCUCGCUCGAGCAGCAGUGGCUCUUCCUCCUCUUCCAGCAGCGGUUCGUCCUCCUCCUCGUCGGAAAGUGACUCAGACGACGACGGCGACAGUGCGAGCAGCAAGCCAGACACCGCAGAUCAUCCCACUGAAGCUGAGGCGCCGAAGCUUCAGCCAUUGGAGCAACAUGAGGUCGCGGAGCAAGACAAGAAGCUGAUCGCCGAGAGAGCAGCAUCUCCGAACACCGAGAUGCAGGAGCUGAUCGCCAGGGCCCAGGAGAGGCAGAAACUCCGGCUUGAGCUCGAGAGGAAGACGGCGCGCGAGCUCGAGAGGAAGAUGGCGCGCGAGCAGCUGCAGGAGAUGGAGAGGACGGCACGGCCGGUCUACGACAGCAUCGACCCCAGUGUCAUGAAGCAGCUCGGGAUCUCCGGCGAUGCGCAGUACAUCGUCAGCCCGGUGAAAUCUCGGCACAGCCUGCAUCGGCGCGGCGGCGGCGGCCUGCUACAGAAGCUCGGCUUCUUCCUCAAAGAAUAGCAUGAUCCAUCAUCAAUGGUGUCUGUAAAGCUCUGUAGGUUUCUUGUCACAUUGGGAUCAUAUGCUCUGAGCCUCUGACAAUGAUCUCAUCAGUUGCUUGCUCUCAAGCCUUUGAUGUACUUAAAACCAUUGAUUAGCUUGCAGCUAAGUUAUGCUGUACAUGUGUCUUGUAUUAUAUCUGAUUAUAUGAAAUUAUGAAUCGUCUUAAACAA